GUACAGUGAGGUGGAGAUCCAGGAGAAGGUGGCCACAUUCAGGAUGAUGCUCCAGGAGAAGGAUGUCACCACAAGUAAAGAUGAAGACAAGCUGAAGUCCGGUGUUUCAGAGACUCACCAACUUGCGGAGGCGAACGAGAAGAAAAAUGAGCGACUGCGCGCAGCGUUUGGGAUCAGUGACAGCUACGUGGACGGGAGCAGCUUCGAUCCAAACCGAAGGGCAGCGGCCAAACAGCAGGAGCAACAGAAAUCGUACAGUUUUGUUGCGGACUCUGACAGUUCCGGUUCUCCAUCUCCAAGCAAACACAAAAAGAAGAAGAAAAAGAAGGAUCGUGGCCGGUCUCCCAGCCGCUCCUCGAGUCACAAGGAGAAAAAGUCCAAAUCCCAUAAGCACAGGUCUUCAUCAAAUUCUAAGAAAAGGAAGGACAGGUCAUCUAGCCCAAAAAGCAAGCGCAGAAAUAAAGACAAAAAGACAAAGAGGUCUCCCAGUGGUUCUCCACAGCGUAGGCGAGCGUCAUCCUCCUCUUCGGAUGAGGCCUCCCCCAGCAGGUCCAGGCAUGAUGUCCACAAAGGAAAAGGCGACAAACAUGGUGUGAACCCAGAACGACAGAGAUCAAACAGCGCUGUGCGAGAGCCAAGGAAUGAGAGAGGACCAAGCCCGCAGUCAGUCAGCCAUCCAAGGAAUAGGGGCUCAAGGAAUGAGAGAAGUAGCAGAGAUCGCUCCUCUUCAUUCUCCCCUAAAAGAUCUAAAGACACCAGAGCCACCGCAGAGACGACAAAGGAUAAUAAACCCCGAGAGAGAAGUAAUGCUGCUGCCCCCGACGUGUCUCCAGGAUCGAGCCCAGUCCCACAAAAGAGUAGGCAUGAAUCUCCAAAGGAACGUAACCCAAGAGAAAGAGGUGAAAGAGAGAGGCCACAGAGGAUGGCUUCACCGGAGAUGAGAAGAUCACCAGCUGCUCACAAACAGCCUCCGAAAUCUUCACAGAGGGGUCGAAGUCAGUCCGUAGAGAAGGCUACUCCGAAACCCAAAUUCAGAGAAGAGGCUUCAAGAAAUGAAAAACAGGAUGGAAAGAAAAAAAAUCCACAGACAACGAAUAAAAAAUCUAGUGGUUCAUCUUCCUCCUCUUCAUCCUCCUCGUCAUCGUCGUCAUCCUCAGAAAGUGAAAUGUCAGAUCGAGAAGAAGUUAUUAAGGUUGCACAAAGAAUUCAAGCAAUCAACAAAGAAAACGUUUCCAGAACAGACCAAGAUGCUGUAAUUAAGACUGGGAAGUCUUCCACCCAAAGCCGGUCCUCACCAGGCAGACGACCAGAUCAAGGUAGGAGGUCAAGGAAAAGUCACUCGGGUAGUCCUUCAAGAGAACACAAGUUAAGGUCUCUUAAAAAUGUCCGAUCACCUUCUGGGAGCCCUCCCAGGAAAGCCCGAUCUCCAUCCUAUUCUCCCCCUAAGAGUCCUAAAAGCAAAACUUCUGCAAAAUCCACAAGACAACCACGAUCUCCAACGCCUCUACAUAGAGACACUUCAAAAUCUUCUCAAAGAGAAAGAUCUGCUUCACCGACACCUCCACGACACUACCAUGAAAGGCAAAGAUCUCCAUAUAGUGAUAAGAAACACCUGACAACUCAAAGAUAUGACAAGACUGACUGUCCCAAAAGAGGUGAGACAAGAUCACGUUCGUCUCAGUCUGCAGUCAAACGCAAAAGCUCAGUGUCUCUCUCCCCUCAAAUACGUGACCAAUCACAUUCUCCUUCUAAUAGAAGGAGGCGUUCUCGCACAAGCUCCCCAAUAACUGCUGCAAGGUCACGUUCCCCUUCUUUAAAUCAAAAGAACACCUCACAGUAUAGACCCGAACAGAAGCGAGUGAGGUCUUCUCCUCGUAGGCAAGAAAGGUCACGCUCAACAUCACGGUAUCGAAGGAGAAUCCCAUCGGACACUCGUAUGGCUUCUCAAUCGCGCAGCCCUAGUUCACAUUCUUAUACCAAGAAUAAAUCCCGUUCGAGGACACCAAGAAAAAGAGCCAAGUCACCGUCAAUUUCUCCUAAACGACAAGCUUCGGACCGAAAGAGAAGUGCUUCUCCAAAACCAAGACGUAGACCCCAGUCCUCCAAGGGACGGUCGUCUUCUCGUUCAGUAUCUCCAGUACAGAAAAAUCUUUCCUCAAGAAAUCGAUCAAAAUGGUCUGUGUCCAAAUCAAAGUCCCCCAUAAAAGUGAAAUCAAGAAGAAUAUCAAGGUCCCCUUCACCACAAGGCAGAAAGCCUGAAAAGAAGGGGGACUCCAGUAGAAGAUACUCUUCUUCCCCACAAUCCAGAGGAAGGCCUUCAAGAUAUUCUGAUCAAAGAAAGACUCGCGAAAAUGUUUUGCGAAGUAAGUCUCCAUGUGGGAAGAGUGCUUCAAAAUCACCAAGAUUGCACAGAAGCCGUUCACCAAAGGAACCUUCUCCCAUUAAUAGAAAAGAUGGUGAAAGAAGAUCCAAGGGAAGCGCGUUGUCUCCGGAGUUCAGAUCAAAGUCAAAAGAAUUGUCCUACUCCAAGCAGUACACAUCUGCUAAACACAGGCAGUCACCGGAAAGCAAACAGCGAUCACCUCAACUCCGGCAUCGUGGUGACACAAAAACAUUACAGCAAAAUGUUGACUCCAGAUCAUCUUAUGAACGUAAAGGUAAAUCUAAGACUCUCCAUAGAGGGGACUCUGAGUCCUCUUCAGAAAGUGAAUUCAGACCAAAAUCCCCCCAGCAUAAGAAGUUUACAUCCAGUCGAACUGCCCCUAAAAGAUCUGGUUCUAGUGAAAGCCAUUCCAGCUCUUUGAAAAGCAAAGAGCCAUCUGGAUCUGAAUCUGAAUAUGAGCAUAAACAGAUGCAAAAGAGCAGUCUGUCAAGUCCAGAACGUAAAACAAAACACAGUUCCCCAGGUAAAACUACUCAAUCGUCCUAUGACCAAAAGAUGAAAACACAGCGGCACUUACGAUCUGAUUCAUCAUCUGAGCGAGAAGAUAAAGGCAGAACAUCUAAAAACAGGCCCAAGACUUCUGACACCGGAAUGUUAUCAAAAAACAAACCGCGUUUUGAUAAGACUUCAGAUAUUAUUUUUGAGUCAACUAAAAUGGGGAUCAAGCAAUCAUCUGGAAAAGGGAAAAGACUUAUGUCUCCAUGUUCUGAUGCGAGUUCUGAAUCUUCUCCCGAAAGGCAGCCUAGAAGUAGACAGACACGUAAUCCAACCAGUUCAGGGUCAUCCUCAGAGAGGCAGUCAAGAAAUAAAGUGCAAUCAACGCGUACACAAUCCUCUUCAGAAAACCAGUCUAGAAGCAGACAUCCACACAGAGAGAGCCUUGGAUCCACACCAGAACAUCAGACUAAACGUAAACAGACCCCUAAAACGAGCCCAAGGUUGUCUUCUGAAAGUCAGUCUAGAACCAAGCUACCACUAAGAGACCGCUCAGAGUCCUCAACAGAACGUCGCUCAAGAGGUCAAGAGCCAAAAUCCAGAGCCAGUUCACAGUCCUCAUCUGAAGAUGAAUCUAAGUUAUCAAACCAUCAUAGAGAAAGUUCUGAGUCCUCACCUGAAAGACCAGCUGGAUCUAGACCUCCAAGUAAGGCUAGCUCUAGGUUGUCAUCGGUGCAUCGUUCUGAGCGUAGAUCUAGCUCUCAUACGUCAUCUAAUUCGAAGUCUAAUCUAGCAUCAGCCCGCGGCAGCAAAGCUGGCACUAGAUCACCAGAACAUGAAGCAAAGUCAAGGUCCUCACAGCACAGUAGUAGUUCUAGAUCUGAGCACGAGUCAGAGGGAAGACAAUCUAUAAGAAAACUUAAAUCUGAAAGUGACAACACAAACCAAACACACACAAGUAAGACUUCUCAGUCAUCACCUAAACCUGAAAGUAGACCUGGACAUCCUCGAAAGACUUCUUAUUCUAGAUCACCUGGGCACAAAAUAACCUCUGGUUCAUCGGAUAGUGAUUCCAGAUCUGUAAUUUCUAAGCAUAAACCUAAAGCCUCUGAAAAUGAAGAGAAGGCAUCUCAAGAUUCAUCUUCAGAAGCUGAAGGAAGAUCUAAGUCUCCGUCUUUUAAAACUGAUUUGUAUUCCCAAGAAGAUGCUAAGUCUACUGUCAAAGAGCAUCAAACAGAAAUCUCUGAACCCUCGUCCAUGCCACAAGAACACUGUACGUCUUACAAAGAAUAUGUAACCCAGACAGAGACUUUAUCUGUAAUGUCCUCCUGUAUGGAAGUGAAUGGAACUGAACUGCAAAUAACUGCACCAAAACCUGCAAAGGAAAAGCUGGAAGACCAGCCUGUCUGUGGGUCAAAAUCCUCUCCAUCGAGAUACUCCGAAACUAGUUUAAGGGAAAAUAUUAACCCGCAACGUGUGGACUCUGAGGAGGAGGGUACCCCACCUACAGAGUCUAAAUCUUCAGUACAAGCAACACAAAAGAUAACCAAGAGAAGAAAAUCUAGUUCAUCAACGUCCUCUUCCUCCUCCUCCUCCUCUUCCUCUUCAUCUUCCUCCUCUUCAUCUUCCUCCUCUUCAUCUUCCUCAUCAUCUUCCUCCUCCUCCUCGUCCUCUUCUGAAGAUGAAGAACCAAAUCCUUCCCCUGUGAAAACUGUGACCUCUCCGCCCUUAAAAAGAAUAAGGGCUAAUGUUGAUGAGGUUGAAACCAGCUGUUCCCCUUCCCGUCAAACUUUAGACUCCUUGCAAAUUGACUCACCAUUGUCUAUGAAAUGUGACGUACCUCCAGAAAAAUGUGCAGAAACGUUAUCAAGAAGUAAAUCAAAAUCCCCAUCAGUGCAUGAGGGUAAGCCUGGGAGCAGAUGUGCUUCUCCUAUAUCUGGUGAUGACACCACUGCAUCUAAUCUAUAUGACAGAAGUCUUUCUCCUGUGACACAGACAGGAGGCUCCACAAAUAGAGACGUUUCUUCCUCUCCUAGAACAAACAGGAGCCCAGUUAAAUCUCCUGUACCUGACACCAGUUGUGUUUCCCAAGUGAAUAAAGAAAAACCAAGUGAAAGAGGUCAUUCAGACUCUCCAGAUAGACAGCGCACUAUGUCCAGUUCACCCCUACCCCUGGCAGGUGAUAAGACUGUUUUAUCAGAUACUCUGUCAAAUGUAGAGCUAGAAAAUGGAGAACCAUUAAGGCAGGAACAGCCUGAUGGGUUGAAAAGAAAGUCCUCACCGCCUUGUACAAACAAAAGUCCCAACUCCGCGGCUUCUUCAAAGCAUAGUAGCUCAGAUUCCUCUUCAGAGGACAGCAGUUCUGACUCCUCGAGUGAAAGUAGCACUUCAGAAGAGCCCCCGUCUCCUGAUCGUUUGAAAACCUCUCAAAGGGUUAACGUGCCAGAUCUGCCGCCAAUAAGGCGCAUUGCAUCUCCAGACAGAAGUGAGAAGUCUCCAGACUCCCUAAGGCACAAGUCAAGGCCUGGCUCUGUUAGAGAUAAAGAGGGUCUUAACCGUUCUCGUUCUUCAUCAAGGUCAUCAAUAGGACAAAGAGAAUACUCACGCCCAGCAGGAAGAGACUCUCAAAGAAACCGAUCUCCAUCACGAUCACCUGUUCGGAAAGGCAGAUCCAAAACACCCCCAAGGCACCGUGGAAGAACGCCACCUCGAGCAUUUAGAUCUCGUUCAAGGUCUAGGUCAGACAGAUACACCCGUAGAAAUCGCUCCCGAUCACCUGCACGACGUUCACCAUCUUGGCAGAACCGUAGACGAUGGGGAAAUCGCAGAUCUCCAUCAUCCCCCAGAAGAGGCCGUUCAGGUUCUCGCUCACGCGUUGACCGUUCAUGGCGUUCCCGUCGUGGUCAUUCUGGAUCCUCACCUUGGAAGGGUAGAUCAAGAUCUCCCACGAGAUAUGAUACUUAUCGGUACUCUCAACGAGGUAAUUCCAGAUCUUCACCAAGGAGGAGAUCGCGAUCACCAUACAGGCGGGAUAGGCCUUAUAGUUAUUAUCGUCGGGACCGAUCCACCUCCUCAUCUAGACGUAAGAGGCUCAGGUCCCCACAGAGAAGGUCUCGCUCUGUUGAGAGAAGAGCACGGUCCAGAUCUUCUGAUAGGUUUAGAAGUACCCAAAGCAGUAGAGCAGGGGCCGCAACCAGACGGAGCCGUUCUUUAUCCUCAGAUGCAGAACAUUCUCAAGCUCCCAGGAAGCAUGGACGGUCCACAUCUCCCACAGUCACUAAAUCUGCUCAAGACCGAAUGGGUUCUCCUUCACCAGCAAGCAAUGCCAAUAAACGCUCAGCCAGCCCUAAGCCAUCCGCCAAGUCUCUUAUGGCUCCCCGAGAGAGUCCACACAAGUCCCCAAUUCCAUCACAACUUGAGGAGAAUCCUGAGAAAAACUUGCACCAUCAGGAUCCUUUUAUUAUAGACCAGGGAGAGUCUGGUGGUAGAAGAGAGGCUUCUAUGACCCGAAGCCUCUCCCCACCCACAGUCAUGGCUGUAACUGAACCCCCCACCUCUGCUCCCGAGCCCCUGAUGGCUCAUGCUUCCCUCAAUUCCCCUGCAUCCUCUGCAAAAGGAGAGGAAGUUCCUAAACUGGACUCAGAAAUACAACUAGCAGCGGCAGAAAUACAACUAGCAGCGGCAGAAUGUGCUACAGAAAACCUGCAUGAGGAAAGAGCCUCCUCUCCAGGCAGAGUACAUGAGUCUUCUGAAAAAGAUGGACAAAAUAAGAAGAGUAGACACUCGAGAAGUUCAUCUGCAUCCACAGAGUCUAAUCCGAGCCCUCUGAAACCCACACCAGCUGCCGAAACGGCCUCAAAAACAGAGAGGAUCUCCAGCCCUUCACCAGCUGACACCAAGGAUGGCCCUGUUCUUCAGAAGGAUCCCCGUAGAUCCCGAAGCUCAAGUUCGUCGUCUUCAUCUUCAUCCUCCUCUUCAAGCUCUUCAUCUGACUCUUCCUCCUCUUCCUCGUCAUCCUCCUCGUCUUCUUCUCAUAAGCCCAGCAGUAAGAAGGGAGCCUCACCGAGCCGGAGGAGAUCGCGGAGUCCCCGGAAACCCAUAGACUCCCUGAGAGAUUCCCGCUCCCUGAGCUAUUCUCCUGCUGAGCGACAGCGUGUUCCGUCCCCUCCACCCCGCCGGAGGGAACGUGAUGCCAGAAGAAGCCACAGCUCCCCAGACAGGAAGCGCAGGAGAGAUUCCCCCGCCUCCCGCUACUCACGUCGGAGAUCCUCCAGGUCGCCCUGAACCUUCAUCUCACAACAAAGGAAAAUGUUUUUAGGAUUUUUUUUCGAUCCUGCAGUAACUGCGGGUCACCUUCUUCCUUUUUGGGGGGACUUAGAGAAAACCUAAAGACUGCAGGGGGUGCUCCGGUGUGAGCCGAAAUCAGACAUUGCUGGUGGGGGUCAGAUCUGCGGACCGCCAUGAAGGUGUAAUCUCCCACCAUCACAGACUGAUCCUGACCCUCCCUAAAGGCCGUGGCGCCGGUCGUGACCUUUUGCCCUUUUUUUCUUUUCGCUCUGAAUAGAUUUCAUAAGAAGUGAAUUGAAUCCGUGAAACUUCUGUUGUGUUUAUUUUGUCUAUUUUUUCUUUUUGUAAUCUGUACAGCGAGAAUUCUUUCUGUCAAUAAAAGUUUAGGCAAAGCC